AUUAAUGAGAGCAUGGUGCAAAUUCGGCAAAUCCUUUCUUCAUCAAAUUAUCCGGGUGAGCUCGAUCUGUUUAGCCGCGAACGAUUUCGUCUCAUGUUGAUCGAUUUAUUUACCGUGAUCCUUGUUUCGAUUCGCGAUUCUAUCGAAAAUAUUCUACAAACAAGAAGUGACGUUCGUCGACCUUCAGCACUGUUCAGUGAAGGUGCUAUAAAUAGCAGGAAAUUGUUAAUUGGACUUUGCAACGUCGAAUAUGUGAUGAACUGUUCGUUGCCUGUAUUGUGCCGUCGGUUGGCCGAAAAUGGCGUGAAAUAUGGCGAUAUGGUUAUCGAAGUGCGUUUUUUUCCGCUCUUUGUUAUACUGGAAAAGAUUUUGGAAAGAAUGAGCGAGAGGAGGAGGAGGAAGAAUAGGCAGUGA